AUGUCUGUCUCGUCCGAUAUCGUCGAUGUGUCGCGUCCGUCGUCACCGGGUAAACAAGUCUCACAGGCGCUGAAGUUCGUCAGGCCAGCGCAGAUGUCUCUCUUUGCGCGUAUAACGUGCUACCCUUCCUUGGGCGAAGUAACGAGUGUGAAGAGAUUGCAAAAGUCGGACUCAGCCGAAGAUGACAAGAUUCGGUUUACUGUCAUCCUCUCAUCUAGCAAGUCUUUCCCAGAACAGGAUUGGAACGUCGAGAUUUGGCACAAUAUUCCGGAUACCGAGUUGUGGACAUCUUUGCCAUUGACAAAAUGCAAUGCUUCGCUAAAUCCUACAAUCAUCGGUGACGACGAUGUCACACAAAGAUACUACCAUUACACAUUCUCCUCAGAGCUGGAACUACCUUCCUCCUCGGGAAGAGGCAACUUCACUGUCCGCUAUAGAACGAGCCCCGAUACGGAUUGGCAAUGGGCAAACCAGAGAAGAUACGUGAAGGAUGGGGAAGUGAUAUUUGGAGAGAAAGGUCGUUCCGUCGUGUCUAAUAUAAGCGCUCCACCACAACCAGGCCUCGGGAGCUCUCCGCGGGACGAGAUUGGGGAGUAUAUUGAAGACUUAUCCAGUAAACUAGAUGUUCAGGCAAGAAAAAGUGAAGCACCAGGGGCCAUAUUAUGGAGUAUAGCAGGAAGCGUACCACCUGCAGAGGUUGAGACGUCGGGAAAGGCGAAGUUCCCACUAGGGUCUCCAAAGUCAUAUCUCCGUUACUUUUCAUUGGUGCGACUGUGGAGUCCCUGGCUUGCUCCAAGACACGGAGAGAAGGAUUUCAGACUGACGGAAGAUGCUAUUCUUUGCUCUUUCCUAAGGUCUGAUGGUCUAAACUUUGUGCUUCUGGCUGUAUCAGGAGUUAAUAAUGUUCUGACGGUCUUGGGUUCUGGAGAAAACGGUGAAAUUGUGGUAGAUGUUAAAAAUGAUGGCACCGACGAUGCUAACUUUCAGAUACUUGCCUCCGUUGGUGAAAGUUUUGAGGUUUGCGUAUCUUCUCUGGUGUACGAGGCUCGAAAAGUUGUGAGAGACUCGGUUACUGCAGUAACUUUGCCUGUCGUAUCCGACUUGCCGCAAGAGCCUGAAUCUCCGGUUCCCGACGACUUGGUCAUUGUAGAGAACGAUGCACGUGCACAGUGGCUUGCUGAUUGGUAUGAGGGUCUUUCGUACUGUACUUGGAACUCACUGGGCCAGGACCUGACGGAAGAGAAAAUCCUUGAGGCUCUUGAUUCUCUGAAAAGACAUGGGAUCAAUAUUGUGAACUUGAUCAUUGAUGACAAUUGGCAAUCACUUGAUAACGACAGUGAGAAGCAAUGGAAUCGUGGCUGGAAGAGAUUUCAAGCCAAUGAGAAAGGCUUCCCCGAAGGGCUAGCACACACAGCUGCUACUAUAAGACAACGAUACCCUAAUAUCGAACAUAUCGCAGUCUGGCAUGCACUCAUGGGUUACUGGGGCGGUAUAUCCCCUGAUGGGGAUUUGGCAAAAUCCUAUAAAACGAAGAAGGUUACGAGGAAAGAUUCCGUUGCCGGUGGUCCAAUGUUGGCCAUUGAUCCUGACGAUAUCAAUCGUUUUUAUGAUGAUUUCUACUCGUUUCUCACAUCAUCCGGAAUUGAUGCUGUAAAGACAGAUGCUCAGUUCUUUCUUGAUCUACUGGAUAGCGCAGAGGACCGAAGAAGGUUUAUCUCGUCAUAUCAAGACGCAUGGACGAUCGCUAGCUUGAGAUAUUUCAGCACUCGCUCCAUUUCUUGCAUGUCGAUGACACCGCAGCACAUUUUCCAUUCGCAGAUACCAACCAACAAACCAAGCAUUCUCCUUCGUAACUCGGAUGAUUACUUUCCCGACGUUGCAGAUUCACAUCCCUGGCAUGUUUUCUGCAAUGCUCAUAAUUCCCUUCUGACAGCUCAUCUGAAUGUUAUCCCGGAUUGGGACAUGUUUCAGACAAGCCACCCAUAUGCUGCGUUUCACGCCGCCGCGAGGUGUGUCUCUGGCGGACCAAUUUACAUAACGGACAAGCCCGGGGAACAUGAUAUUGAUUUGAUAAAUCAGAUUACGGCGCCCACAACUCGAGAAAAUGCUAUAAUUCUUCGUCCAAGUGUUAUGGGUCGCACACUAGAUGUUUACCAUAACUACAACGAAGGAAACCUCCUCCGUGUUGGGACAUACAGCGGUUGGGCUCACACAGGGAGUGGUAUUCUCGGUCUCUUUAACAUCAGCCCGGCAGAUAUCUCAUCCAUUGUUCCACUUACAGCAUUCCCUGGCAUUGAUACAACAACUACUAGUACUACUCAUUCCUCCGACGCGUUCCGUGGCAGAAACAGUAGCAGUGCCCACUAUAUCAUUCGGUCUCACAGGACAGGGAUUAUCAGCGAGAUCAUGAAACCCAGCGGUGCACGUUCACUAGUGUCUAUUUCCCUUCAACCAAAAGGCUGGGAUAUUUUGACCGCCUACCCCCUUCGCGCAUUCACGCUUGAAGGCAGUCGUGGCUGCUCUUCAACGUCACCCUCAAUAGAGUCUUUGCUGACACAUGUUGCUGUGCUGGGACUUUUGGGCAAGAUGACCGGUAUUGCUGCAGUGGUCAGCUCGGAUGUAUCGGUCGUGGAAAGCGGGCGACUAAAGUUCGAUGUGAAUCUCAAGGCUCUUGGCAUACUGGGGAUCUUUCAUUCGAAGCUGGAUAGCAGAGAUGUCGACAAGCAUGUCAUGGUUCUGAUCUCGGGUAUUGCGGUGCCACGGCAUACGGUCUGGAAGGACGGAGACAAUGUUCUGGCGGUGAAUGUUCUACAGGCAUGGAAGGAAUUAGGAUUAGAUGCUGGGUGGAGCAACGAAGUGCGAGUGCAGGUGUUUAUUAGCUAG